GUUGUUCGGUAGGUUAGUGUGAUAUAAUUUUGUCCUGCGUACAUAUGCUGUCCUUUGGCAAAAAACACCCGCGCGCGUUGAAACAUAAGUUUGUUUAAAUCUGAGUGUUUUGCGCCUUUAUCGCGAAUGUUGAAAUCAACUUUAGUUGAAGUGUAACUCGGAUCUGUUUAAUAACGUGGUUAAAGAAAAUUCAUGAACCUGCAGUUGGGGGUGUUAGCCAGAAAAAAAAACUCUGAACAACCACCUUAUAUUAGGUGCGCACUUUUAUUUUGGGCUCAUCACCCAACCAGAUAGCCAAUCACUAAUAAGCCAAGCAAACCUUGCGUUUGAAAUUUGGACCAAGUACAAAUCCCUAAUACGCGCGUUAAUUGUGAAACCCCGCCGAUUCAAUUUAUUGUUGCUGCCAUUAUUCGCAAUCCAAAAGGCGUUCAUAACCGAUGAAAAUGAAGAAACUGCGUUCAGCGAAUUCGUUCGACAAGCCGGAAUGUGCCUUCGAGGACGAUGCGAACGACGACUUCGAAACUAUGGAGACAGCUUGCUCACAUUGCCUAAGAAAAGCACAGUUAGCGCAACUAAGAGCUUUGAAUGGCAACGAUUCGAAGAUCAGGAUGAGCGGUUAUCUCAAGAAAAAGCGAAACUCAAUUACAGGUGGCUGGCGAAAGCUCUACUUUGUCCUGCGAAAUCGGUUUCUACUGUCUUACAGAUCGCGAGACAUUUACGAGCCCGUCAAGGACGUCAUUAGGCUGCAUAAGAGAAUGGCGAUCCUUCCGAGGGCUGGCUUACGCUUUGAGAUCAUGGAUAAUGGAUAUGUUCUUUAUUCUUUGCGCUGCGAUAGUCAACAAACCUUCUCGGAAUGGAUAGCAGUCCUAUUGAAUAGUUUCGUGAAUGCUAACGGCGAAGCAAACUAUGAAAGGAAAUUAAG